CCUCAUGCAAAUAAUAUUUUUUUCAUUGUUUUAUUCAGGCUGCUAAAGAGAAAUGCAUUUAUCCAAACCAGUAGUUUUAAUGCAGAGAUGGAGAUUUUCAUAUCGCUGCAUGGCUUCACUUGCUUCACACUACCCCAUCAAUGACACUUUUUAUGGACUUUCAGAAGUGCAACAGCAGUUACGGAAAACGGUGUUUGAUUUUGCUCAGAAAGAAAUAGCUCCAAGAGCAGCUCAAAUUGACAAAACUGAUGAUUUUCCAGAGAUGAGAGAGUUAUGGUUGAAGAUGGGCUCUCUAGGACUGCUAGGGGCUACGGCUGAUGCUGACUUUGGUGGUUCUGGGAUGGGCUAUUUUGAACAUGCUAUUAUUUGUGAAGAAAUUGGCCGGGCCUCAGGAAGUGUGGGCCUCUCGUAUGGUGCUCAUGCCAACUUGUGUGUGAAUCAAAUCAACAGAAGUGCGUCUGAAGACCAGAAAAGGCGGUACCUGCCCAAGCUGUGCAGUGGUGAGCAUGUGGGGGCCAUGGCCAUGUCAGAGGCAGGCUCUGGCAGUGAUGCCUUAUCAAUGAAACUCAGCGCCGUGCUGGACGGUAACUCCUACGUCCUAAACGGCACCAAGUACUGGAUAACCAAUGGACCACAUGCCGACGUCCUGCUAGUUUAUGCCAAGACUGAACAGGCGCACAAGCAGGGCCUGAGCGCCUUCAUAGUAGAGAGGAACUCGCCAGGCUUCAGCAGCGGCCACAAGCUCGACAAGCUCGGCAUGCGGGGCUCUGGCACCAGCGAGCUCGUCUUCAAUGACUGCAGAGUGUCUGCAGAGAACGUGGUGGGCGGCGUCAACAGAGGCGCUGCGGUGCUCUUCUCUGGCCUCGACCUGGAGAGGCUGAUGAUCGCGGCAGGAGCUUUGGGGAUUAUGCAGGCAGCUUGUGACGUGGCGUUUGACUACGUGCACUCGAGGAAGCAGUUCGGCAGACCUGUGGGGGAGUUCCAGCUCAUGCAGGGCAAGAUAGCGGACAUGUACACGAAGCUGAACGCGUGUCGGUCUUAUGUGUACACGGCCGCCCGGGCCGCGGACGACAGCGGCGUCAGCAGCAAAGACUGCGCGAGUGUCGUGCUCUUCGUCGCCGAGUGCACCACGCAGGUCGCGCUACAAGCCAUCCAGUGCUUAGGAGGCAACGGCUACGUAAAUGAUUACCCAACGGGCCGACUGCUGCGGGACGCAAAGCUUUUUGAGAUCGGCGCCGGCACCAGCGAGAUACGGCGGCUGGUGGUGGGCAGAGCCCUAAACGCCGAGUACAAGGACUAGGCAGGAGCUUUCUGUUGACCCGGCAGUCUGUACACUAUGACUCCUAACUCCAUGUUGACCUUGCACUAAGUCCCUUAAGUACAAGGACUAGGCAGGAGCUUUCUGUCGACCCGGCAGUCUGUACACUUUGACUCUUAACUCCAUGUUGACUUUGUACCAAGUCCCUUAAGUACAAGGACUAGGCAGGAGCUUUCUGUCGACCCGGCAGUCUGUACAAUGUAACUCUUAACUCCAUGUUGACUUUGCACUAAAUCCCUUAACACUAUUUUUUUUCUAUCCACUCUUGCGCUUAAAACUAUUAUUCUGUACACUUAACACCAUUUUGUCUAGCGUGGCCUUUUGUACUCAACAAUUAAUCCGAAAUAUUAUUUACACGAAGCUGGGCUAAUGAGACGGCCCUUAAUUUACACUGUGUGCUCUACAACUGAGAAGUUGUAGAGUGCCACAACAACUUAGAAGUUGUAGAGUGCCACAACAACUGCCCCGGGAGUGCAAGCCCCGCCUGUACGAGGAGUUAGCGUCGGAGCUGCAGACAAGGUCCUUGUGGUACUAUUGCUCCCUCUUCUUUUGAAAUCUUUUGGCUUUUAUUUUCUCAUUUGCUGAAACUCAUUAUGUUUUCAUUUAGGCGAUCUAUCAUGUUAUGUCUAUUAUUAAUUUUUGAGAAUUUUAGCGUAGGUCUUCGUUGGGUGUUUUUGUAGCCUAAUAUUGUUUUUUUAUUUGAGAUAUUUUAGCGCGCAUUCGCCUCAUAUGUGUGGUAAUAUCCAGUAGCGUUUCAUCAAGUAAAUACUAAAACUUU